AGAGCAGUCACAUUUGGGUUUGUGUUAUGCAUGUGUGUCUAUGUGUGCGAGAGUCAGAGGGGUUGGAGAGGCUUUUUAUUGACAUGAUCAACAAGUGCACAUGAGUGGCUGGGUUACUGAUUACAGGUGAUGUUAUAGUUUGUUUGUGAUAAGGCUCUUGCACAAAGUCCUGCCAGAUACAGUGAGCCCUCAGCUACUUCACCACAUCCUUCCCAUCCUUCAAAGGACCACUGCUCCUUCUCAGGUCCUUUUGGUGCUGUGUUUUUUCUUUUUCCUCUCAUCAGCUGAACACACAGCAGCAUCAUGAGUGUAGAGUCCAAAAAGACACGUGAGGCUUGCUGUUCCAAGCUCAAGCUCUUCCUGGCCUCUAUGUCAUUCGCAUACUUUUCCAAAGCCUUUUGUGGAGCCUAUAUGAAGAGCUCCAUCACCCAGAUUGAGAGGCGCUUUGAUAUCCCCAGCUCCCUCAUAGGGGUCAUAGAUGGCAGCUUUGAAAUGGGCAACCUGUUGGUGAUAGCCUUUGUGAGCUACUUUGGCGCUAAGCUCCAUCGUCCCAGGCUGAUCGGUAUUGGCUGUCUGAUCAUGGCUGCUGGAUCUUUCCUCAUAGCCCUGCCUCACUUCUUCCAGGGACAGUAUAAAUAUGAGACCAGUAUGUCUCACAGUACAAGUGCCAACAGCACUGAGAACACCCUGCCCUGUUUGGCCAACCACAGCCUGGCUGAAGCCGAUGAGACGCCUGAUUUAGAGGCCAUAACAGCUUGUGAAAAGGCAGCUGGCUCGUCCCUGUGGAUUUAUGUGUUCUUGGGGAACAUGCUGCGUGGAAUUGGAGAGACUCCCAUCAUGCCUCUGGGUGUGUCCUACCUGGAUGACUUCUCCAGAGAGGAGAACACGGCUUUCUAUUUGGCCUGCAUCCAUACAGUGGGGAUCUUAGGACCUAUGUUUGGGUUCAUGCUCGGGUCCUUCCUUGCUAAGAUCUACGUGGAUAUCGGAUCUGUGGAUUUAGACACUAUCACCAUCAACCACAGGGACUCCCGCUGGGUGGGGGCCUGGUGGCUGGGCUUCAUAGUGACUGGCACGGUGGUCCUGUUGUCCAGUAUCCCAUUCUGGUUCCUGCCCAAGUCUUUGCCCAAGCAGGGUGAAGAGCAGAGCCAGAGUAAAGCCACAGAGCUCGCCACAGUGACAGAGCAGGAGAAUUUCCUGCCAGACGAAAACCAGGAGCAUGAGGAGAAGGAGAAGCCGGUUACAUUCCAAGAGCUGGCUAAAGAUUUCAUCCCAUCUCUGAGGAGACUCUUCAAGAACAGCAUCUUCUCACUGAUGGUCCUGAUGUACCUGGUGGCUGUCAAUGGCUUCAUUGGCAUGAUCACCUUCAAGCCAAAGUUCUUGGAGCAAAUCUACGGCCAGUCAGCUUCCAAGGCCAUUUUCCUCAUAGGUAUACUCAACCUGCCAGCAGUAGCUUUGGGUAUCAUCACUGGAGGUUUUGUUCUGAAGCGUUUCAAGCUGGGUGUCAUCGGAGCAGCCAGGAUGUCCAUUGCUGCCUCCCUCGGGUCCUUGUGCCUGCUCUCCAUGCAGAUCUUCAUCUACUGUGACAAGGCAGAGGUAGCAGGUCUCACUGUCUCAUAUCAGGGGGCUUCUCAAGUGUCCUACAACCAACAGACCUUGGUGUCGGAGUGCAACAUGGGCUGCUCUUGCUCACUGAAGCAUUGGGACCCAGUAUGUGCCUACAAUGGUGUGACGUAUGCCUCGCCCUGCCUGGCUGGCUGCCAGUCCUCCACUGGAAUGGGCAAGGAAAUAGUGUUUCAUAACUGCACCUGCGCUGGGGAGGUGAUGACUCCAGGCAUGAACAUGUCCGCGGUGCUGGGCCAGUGCCCCAGGAGGAGCAACUGUGAACACAUAUUUAAAAUCUACAUGGCCUUGUCUGUGGUGGGGUCUUUUAUUUCUGCCUGUGGGGGCACGCCAGGAUACAUCGUGCUGCUCAGGUCCAUACAGCCAGACCUGAAGUCGCUGGCUUUGGGUAUGCAGACACUGAUAGUAAGAACUCUUGGUGGAAUACCUCCUCCUAUAUAUUUCGGUGCUCUGAUUGACCGAACCUGUUUGAAGUGGGGUACCAAGCAUUGUGGAGGCCGUGGAGCAUGCAGACUUUAUGAUGCUGAUGCAUUUAGAAUGACAUUCUUGGGUUUGAUCACUGGACUCUACUGCCUAUCCAACAUGCUCUGGGGAGGCCUGUACUACAAACUUGUCAAGAGACAGAAGAAGUUAGCGCUGAGGAAUCAGGCCAAAGAAAAUGGACUGCAGGGUGACACAGCUGGCAAUGGACACGCCAACAUCAACAUUGCUAAAAACAAAGAAGACGGGGACAAUGAAAGCACAAUUUAAAGGAGGGAGUGUUUGAGGAGGGCAACGCCGCUGAGUAAAGCAGGUCACUGACAGAUUUUCUACUGCAUAAGUACUGUGAUGCAUCCAUACUGGACCAAAUGAGGGAAUGGUACAGUGUCCGCGCUCUUUGGUCUUCAAGCAGUACACUUUUUGUUUUUGUUUUUUUACAUAGAUACCAUGCGGAAAACAUUUACUGCUAUUUGUUCAGUUCAAAGGUCAAAGAUUCUGACUUGAGAGUAGUUUUACUAUGAACAAUGAAUUUACAUUAAACAACGGGCAUUCAACAUCUUCCCAAAUAAAUGCAUAAACUUAGAGGUAAUUUUAGCUCUACUUCAAAACAGUCAAGAAAAUGAAAAAUGUCAUAUUUGGAGAACGUUUGGCUGUUUAGUUUGUGUCCACCAUUUAUACUUGAAUAGCAUUAGGUCAGGUAAUGAUAGUGCUCUCUCAUCCUACAGCUUUGAAGUGAUUUAGUGACAGUUUGGCAAACAUGUAUACAAUAUAUGUACAGUGUAUAGUUUAGUAUAGUUUUACAUAUUAGCACAAGACAACUAAAGUGUUUAUGGUUUCAGAUGUGGUAGCAUCUUUGUAACAUGUUCAUGUUUUGUCAGUGAGAGUGGGAGUUUGUGAGAUAAGUUCAGUAAAAAAAAAAUAACAUUAGUGUAAAGCUUAAAUUUGCCAAGUACAUGAACCAACUUAAAUACACACAGAGGAGAUCGGAUCACAUUUCCUAUAGGGGUAAAUAGAAAGUAAAUACAGUAGUUUGUAAGACUACAGCUGGUAUGAUUAGGACUGUCAUAGAUUUGACUGUUGCAAGAAAGGCCUCCUCAACAAAUUAUCAGGUAGAUGGUACCUACUGUUUGGCUGCAGAGCAGAAGAAGUAAUGUGCUUUGCUUUAUUCUGCUGUGACAGAUUCAGUGUUGAUGGACUCUGUGACUGCUGUAGGCUGAUUCACUCAAAGCAGCACAAGUUGUCCAAGAAGGAUAAAAGUAGUUUUCGAAAGCAAAAGAUUGGACAACCAAUGAUACCUGACAGUGUGUCUUUGUUCACUAUUUUCAUUUACAUGAAAAGCUGUUAUAGGCUGAGGCCCAGGCACAGUCCCAUUUUUGUCAGGUGCACCUG